AGCGAGUCAGAUGGCAACCCCAGCACAGAAGAUGAAUCCAGUAAGGGGCAGGAGGAUCUAUCUCCCCAUCCGCUCUCCAGCUCAUCUGAUGGCGUUACCAGCCUCAGCCUUCCCGGCCACAUGGAGCCCGUCUACAUGCAGCAGCUUGGAAACACUAAAAUAGCCUUGAGCUCAUCUGGCGUCUUGUUGAAUGGAAACCUCGUGCCUGCCAGUACCUCUCCCGUCUUUCUCAAUGGUAGCUCUUUUCUUCAGGGACCUAAUGGUGUCAUUCUCAACGGACUCAGCGUGGGGGCUUCGCAGACGGUUACCUUAAAUUCGCCCAAAACCACGUCGGGUGUUGUGAGCAAUGGGGUGUCCAUUACUGACAUACUGUCGUCUUCGUCAGAAGAUGUUAAGGACUUCAAACUCCUUCAGGCUUCAGUCCCCAAUGCGGCAGCAGCCACCUUCACCCCCAGCAACAUCCCGGUCUCAUUCCCGGGAUUGAUACCGAGCUCAGAGGUGAAAAGGGAAAGCGUACAAACUGCUGCUUCCCAAGAUGGAGGCUCUGUAGUUACUUUUACUGCUCCUGUCCAAAUAAACCAGUAUGGCAUUGUCCAGAUCCCCAAUUCAGGAACAAAUGGCCAGCUGCUGAACGGAAGCAUCGGUUUUUCUUCUCUGCAGCUGCCUCCUGUUUCUGUGGCAGCUUCACAAGGUAAUGUUUCAGUAAAUGCCAGUACAUCUGAUGGAGUAACUUUUACGACUGACUCUUCAGCAGUGCAGCAAGGAAAGGUCUUCUUCAGCCCCCUCGCUCCGAGCGCAGUCGUUUAUACGGUUCCCAAUUCAGGCCAGGCAGUAGGCUCUGUCAAGCAAGAAGGACUGGAAAGAAGCCUUGUGUUUUCUCAGUUGAUGCCAGUCAGUCAGAACACGCAACUAAAUGUAAACAUGACUCCUGAAAAUAUAUCCAGCGGAGGCCUCCAGUCCCUAGCCUCCUCGUUAGUGAAUGUAACGCCCUCACAUAAUUUUGCCCUCACACCACCAACUCUUUUAAAUGCUGCAGAACUGAACUCUGGUAUCUCGGAGAGCCAGUCCAUGUCGUCGCCUGUGACCAGUACCUCUACCGUGAUAUCCAUCAGCAACACUAACUAUGCAACCCUUCAGAACUGUUCCCUCAUUACCAGUCAAGAUCUGUUGUCCAUUUCUACAGCACAGCCCGCGCUUGGAGAAAUCAUUUCUACGAGCGGAGACCGUGUCAGCCACCCCUCUGCACAAGUACAUCAAGAUUUUGUCAGAGAGCACAGGUUAGUUCUGCAAGCCGUACCUGAUGUCAAAGAGAAUUUCUUGCCUAAUUCUGAGAGUAAGUCAACUGGCAAUUUAAUGAUGCUGGAUUCGAAAGGCAAGUAUGUUAUAAGUAACAUGGUUGACACAGUUUGUGAAGAACUGGAAACGGACAAAAAAGAACUUGCCAAACUGCAGACAGUUCAGAUGGAUGAAGAUAUGCAAGACUUGUAA